AUGUAUGGAGGACUAAUCAAAUUACAAGAGGCUCUUCUUUGUCAAGUCCUAGGAAGCAUAAACUUCCAAUUGUUCAGUCUUGAUAAAGGAAUCAAUGUUAUCAAGAACCGGCUGAGCCGUAAGAGGAUUCUCUUAAUUCUUGACGAUGUGAAUCAGUUGGAUCAGUUAGAAAAGUUAGCUGGAACUGGUUGGUUUGGUGAGGGAAGUAGAGUUAUUGUAACAACAAGAGAUAGGGGAUUGCUAGCUCGUCAUGGAAUUGAGUUAAUAUAUGAGGUCAAAAAAUUAGCUCAUCGAGAUGCACUUGAGCUUUUCAGUAUGAUUUGCUUCAAAAGAAAGGAGCCUCAAGGUGAUUAUUUGGCACUUGCAAGGCGUGCAAUAGCCUAUGCUCAACACCUUCCAUUAGCUCUGACAAUUUUAGGUUCACAUCUACGUAAUCAAAAAUUAGAGUAUUGGCAUGCUACAUUAGGAAGUUAUGAAGCUGAUCCUUACUUAGAUAUUCAGAAAAUACUUCGAACGAGUUAUGAUGGAUUGAAUUAUCAUGUGCAACAAGUUUUUCUGGACAUUGCAUGUUUCUUCAAGGGUGAAGAUGUGGACUAUGUGAUACAAGUACUUAAAGGCCCUAAGCUUAACUUUCCUGAGAAUUGUAUUCGGGUGCUCGUAGAGAAUGCCAUCAUAACUCUUGAAUGCAAUAUGAUUUUGAUGCACGACUUACUUGAACAAAUGGGUAAGAAUAUUGUUCAUGAAGAAUCUCCCAAUGAGCCAGGAAAACGUAGUAGAUUGUGGUUUCAUGAGGAUGUGCGCGAGGUUCUAGCUGACAAUUCUGGGACAAAUACACUUAAAGGCAUCAUAGUAAAUUUGCCGAAACCCGAUGAGAUACCUUUGAAUGCAAAAUGCUUCUCAGCCAUGAAGAACCUUGAAUUUUUUAUGAACCAUAAUGCAAGCCUUUCUGGAGAUACCGUUGAUUAUUUCUCCAACAAGUUGAGAGUGAUUCAUUGGGGCAACUGUCAGUUGCAAUAUUUGCCAUCCAGUUUCCAACCAAAGGAUCUUGUCCUAUUCAGUAUGCCUUGCAGUCGUAUCAAACAACUUGGAGACGGGUGUAAGAAUCUGGCCAAGCUGAUGUCCCUAAAUUUAACGGACUGUAAAUUCCUAGCAAAAAUCCCUGACUUGUCUGGAAUGGAAAACUUAAAAUACUUGACCCUUAGUGGUUGUAAGAGUUUAAUUGAGGUCGAUUCUUCUAUAGGAUUUCUUGAUAAACUUGCUACAUUGGACCUCUCAAGAUGCUCCAACCUUGUCAAUUUUCCACCAAUGAUUAGGUUGAAAUCUCUAGAGAUGUUGAUUCUUAGCGGUUGCAAAAGGCUUGAGAAUUUCCCAGAAAUUGUAGACAAGAUGGAUUCCCUUAGGGAAUUGGAAAUCCAAGAAAGUGGCAUAAGAGAAUUGUUAGAGUUUUGA